AUGGGGCUCCCCGAAGACUCUAAAUUACGGGAGUCAUUGACGAAAAGACCUCCCGAGGAUAUGAGGCAACUUAUGAGACGCAUUGAGGAGUGCAAACGCCUGGAAGAUGAUCGACUGCAGAAUAAGGGGAAAACACCGUUACUCGGGAAAUCUCGGCAGGGCAUUAUGCCGGCAAGACCAAAAAAAGAUUUCAGGAUGCAGGAACCAAAGGUGCAGAUUGAAGGAGUUAAUGUGGCGUUCAAAGAGCCUGUGCACAAAAUCCUAGAUCGGAUUAAGAACGAAUCGUUCUUCAAGUGGCCAAACAAAAUGGGGGGCCAGGGUGUUCAACAGAAAAGGAAUCCCCUCCUGCCACCGCUGGGAGUGAUCGAAGUCAUCCAUGCUGCCCCGAGAGGUAGGGCAGCAACUAAAAGGGUAUUGACGGUGGCUUUCACGGAAAGAGAUUCACCCGAGAAGAGGAUGAAAGUUGAUUGGCUAACCAUCUCGUUUGGUGAAGAAGAUUUGGAAGGGACGAUCCAACCUCAUGAUGAUGCGUUGGUGGUAACAGCUCGGAUAAGCGAGUUCCUGGUGAAAAGAGUGAUGAUAGACCAAGGAAGCGGGGCCGACGUUAUGUACCCGGACCUGUUCGAAGGGCUCGGAUUGAAGAGUCAGGAUUUGGCGAAGUAUGACACGCCGCUGGUCUCAUUUGACGGGAGAGUCGUGAUUCCCAAAGGUCAGAUUUCUCUCUUGGUGGACAUGGAAGGCAAGGAAGUAAUAGUGACCUUCAUAGUAGUCCGAUCAUUCUCACCGUACAGUGUAAUCCUGGGAAGGCCGUGGAUUCACGCAAUGAAGGCCGUUCCGUCCACCCUGCACGUGAAAGUAAAAUUUCCCACCGAAUAUGGAGUCGCCGUGGUGAGAGGGAACCAACGAGUGGCUAGGCAGUGUCUUGUCGCCGCGGUCAGGUGGAAAAGUGAACAGCUCGGACAAGCGGAAGAGACCGAAAGAGAAACUUUAUAG